CACCAACCAUGGUGACAAACAAUAUCGUUGUUCUCGGGGCCGGGGUGUCUGGACUUACCACCGCAUAUCUCCUGUCGCGAGACCCCACCAAUUCUGUGACCGUGGUCGCAAAACACAUGCCAGGUGAUUAUGACAUUGAAUAUGCUUCACCUUGGGCCGGCGCAAACUACUCUCCGAUGGGAGAGCCGGGCAGUAACCAAGCCAAAUGGGAACGAGAGACAUGGCAACCGUUGCAGGAGAUAACGGAGAAGUAUCCCGAGGCAGGCAUUCACUUUCAAGAUAAUGUGAUCUAUAACCGCACCAAGGACCAACAAACAGCGACUGGAAAGAACUUCGCCGCCCUGAUGAAUGCAGACCCGUGGUAUCGGGAGGUCGUUCCGAAUUUCCGGCCCAUGCCGAAAGAUCAACUGCCCCCGGGCAUCGACUCCGCACAGAUAUUCACCUCAGUCUGCAUCAACACCGCAAUCUAUCUACCAUGGUUGCUCGGCCAGUGUCGGAAAAAAGGCACUGUCAUCCGCAGGGCAGUGUUCAAACACGUGGCAGACGCGGCAAAUGCCCAUCAUUCUGGACGCAAGGCUGAUGUGGUAGUGAAUUGCACCGGGCUCUCCUCGAGGACCCUGGGCGGCGUACAGGAUGAGACGGUGUACCCAGGACGUGGCCAGAUCAUCCUGGUGCGAAACACGCCCGGUACAAUGGCAGCAAUGUCAGGGACAGACGACGGGGAGGAAGAGUUAUGCUAUAUGAUGACUCGCGCAGCUGGAGGAGGGACUGUGCUCGGGGGCUGCUACCAGCAGAACCAGUGGGAUCCGCUGCCGGAUCCGAACUUAGCCACACGGAUCAUGAAGCGUGCGAUCGCCAUUUGCCCUCAACUAGUAGCCCCAGGGCAAGGCAUCGAGGGACUAGAUAUCAUCCGACACGGGGUCGGACUGCGACCCAUACGCAAGGGUGGGCCGCGGGUCGAGGCGGAGCUGAUCGAUAGGGUUCCGGUGGUUCACAACUACGGCCAUGGGGGGUUCGGAUAUCAAGCCUCGUUUGGGUGCGCUGCAGAGACUAUCAAGCUCCUCAAGGAGACCCUACAACACCAAAUGCAGGCGAAGCUGUAGCGGGCUAGAGAGAAACUGAGCGGGACACUAUGUUAGUUACUGUCUAGUUAUGCUUAGUUACUGGAAUCCCCCAGCGUAAUAAGUCAGCAUUUGUCCGCCAAGAUCCUACAGUGGCUCAGUAUGGGCUGUGGCGCAGACAUGUACUCUACUGUACUGUACUCAGUACAUGACAGGUC